AGCGACGCAAAGAUUUUUCACAUGAGAAAGAGAGAAUAAAUCAAAGAUAGAAAAACCAAAAACCCUUAUUGCGACUCCCAAAUCAAUUAGCUCUCUCCAAAUCUAACAAAAAUGUCUCAGAUGGAUCCCGAUGCAGUGUCCAAGGCCUUCGUCGAGCAUUACUACUCCACCUUCGAUACUAACCGCGUCGGUCUCGCUGGUCUUUACCAGGAAGCUUCUAUGCUCACCUUCGAAGGUCAAAAGAUCCAAGGAGUUCAGAGCAUCGUCGCUAAGCUCACCUCUCUCCCUUUCAACCAAUGCAAGCACCACAUCUCCACCGUUGAUUGCCAGCCUUCUGGUCCCGCUUCCGGUAUGCUCGUUUUCGUCUCCGGUAACCUCCAGCUCGCCGGCGAGGAACACACCCUCAAGUUCAGCCAGAUGUUUCAUUUGAUGCCGACGCCACAAGGAAGCUUUUACGUGUUCAACGAUAUAUUCAGGUUGAACUACGCCUGAACCAUCAAGUCAGAUUGUUUUUUAGCAUACAUGAUUGUUUGUUGCAAUUCCUAUAAUACUAUAUGAGCAAUCCUUCUAUCAUUUCCUGUCUUGUCCUUUUUCUUUUUAUUCCUAGAUGAUUUACGCUUGAGAAGAGAAAAAAAAACUGUCUCUCUCUUGUAUUUGGUUUGGAUGGUUUGUUCACUUGUGUCAUUACAAUCUAAUGACUUUGAUUAAGACUCAAUUCGAAUGGUUUCCAAUGUCAUUUUGGCUCUUUUUUCUU